AUGAACGCGCGCGAGGCAAAGGCGGACGUGUCCAUGACCGAAGGUGCGGCGCAGGACGAGGAGAAGUCGCUCGCCGCCAGCCCGACGAUCCCCGCUCUGUCGAGUCUGGAAGACGUCCCCGAGGCUGAGAUCACGUAUCCGGAAGGGGGCCUGUGGAUCGUCAACUUUUGCACGUUCGGCUACUCGACGUCGUUCGGGGUCUGCCAGGAUUACUACACCGUCUUUGGCGCGUCGACGGUGUCCAACAUCAGCUGGAUCGGGUCCAUCCAGAUGUUCCUGCUCUUCGCGAUGAGCCUGCCCGCCGGGCGGCUGUUCGAUAUGGGCUACUUUUACCACGUCAACAUAUUCGGCUCGUUCUUGUUCGUCUUCUGCCUCUUCAUGCUGUCAAUCGCGGAUCCCAGCAAGUACUACCAGCUGCUCCUCUCGCAGGGCAUCGGCAUGGGCAUCGGCGGCGGGCUCAUCCUCACGCCGGCGCUGUCCAUCCAGUCUCAGUACUUCAAGAAACGGCGCGCGCUCGCGCUCGGCAUCGUGCACACCGCAGGAUCGUCCGCAGGCGGCAUCGUGUACCCCAUCAUGCUGAACAAGCUCUUCUAUGCGAAGGCGGGCUUCGCGUGGGGCAUGCGCGCGUCGGCAUUCCUGACCCUGGGCCUCCUGAUCAUCUCGUGCUGCGUCAUGCGCACGCGUCUGCCCACCGGCAGGGAUGGCGUGAAGGGGGCAACGCCGUCAGUGAAGGAGGUGUUCUCGCAUGUGCCGUAUUCGAUCGCGGUCGUGUCGCUCUUGAUGGUUAUCAUCGGGAUUUUCUUCCCCUAUUUCUACCUGCAGACAUGGGCAAGGUACUACAGCAUGUCGGAUGACUUGGCAUUUUACAUGAUUGCGAUUCUCAACGCGGGCUCAUUCUUUGGGCGGAUCAUACCCAACUUCCUCGCGGACUACGUGGGCAUGUUCAACGUUCUCUGCCCCGUAGCGUACGGCUGCAGCGUUCUCAUCUUUGCCAUGUUCGGCACGACGAAGGCGGCGCCCAUUAUUGUCUUCUCUUUCCUGUACGGUUUCUUCAGUGGUUCAUUCUUUGCAUUGAUGCCUCCGCUCAUGGCGUUCAUGGCGAGAAGCCAAGCUGAAGUAGGCAACCGUAUUGGGUUCGCCUACUCGACCUUUGGCCUAGCUGUCCUCAUCGGAACUCCCAUCGACGGGGCGGUGCUUGGACCCGGCGACUCGUACCACUGGUACAAAGCACUGUUGUUCAGCGGCGUACGUCGUCGUCAUCUCGGUCCCUCCGUCAUUCAAGGGAUUGAUCGAUUCUGGACAGAUCAUAAUGGUGGCUGGGUGCACGCUCCUGCUUUCCUCGAGACCAUGAAUCUUGUCCUCCUCUGGAUCUCUCACCCCCGCCAAGCCACGACAGUCAUGAGUUUCAACGAAGUCAAGUCAAACGUGUCUGCCUCUGAAAUUGCAGCAACGAAAGAGACAUAUCUCGAACAAAACCCUCCAAGUCCUAUCCUCACGGACACGACGGACGAUUCUGAGCCUGAGAUCACGAUUCCGGAUGGUGGUCUCCAGGCAUGGUUGGUCAUAUUGGGAGCGUGGAUUGUGAAUUUCUGCACAUUCGGCUACUCAACAUCAUUCGGUGUAUGCCAAGACUAUUACGGUCUAGCGGGCGCGUCGUCCACGUCCAAUAUCAGCUGGAUUGGGUCUAUACAAAUCUUCCUCCUUUUCGGAAUGGGCUAUCCCGCUGGCAGGCUCUUCGACCUGGGUUAUUUCCGCUACCUCUGCAUCACUGGUACAUUUCUCUUUGUAUUCUCUCUCUUCAUGCUCUCCCUAGCAGAUCCUAGCAGCUACUAUCAGCUGUUCUUGGCACAAGGCGUUGGUAUGGGUCUGGGCGGUGGACUGCUUCUCUCGCCCUCGCUGUCCGUUGUGUCCCACUACUGGAACAAGAAGCGUUCUCUCGCUCUUGGCGUUGUGCAAUCAGGCUCGUGCGCAGGUGGUAUUGUUUAUCCCAUCAUGCUCAACAAGUUGUUCAGUUCCUCUGCGGGAUUCGCAUGGGCCAUUCGAGGAUCAGCGUUUCUGACGCUCGUGAUCCUCGUAGCCUCUUGUUUUCUGAUGAAAACACGUUUACCCUCUGGGAAGAAUCGUCUGAAGGGCUCUCAGCCAUCCAUAGCAUCGAUAAUCACCCACAAGCCAUACACUGUGGCCGUGGUGUCCUUAUUCCUUGUCCUUCUAGGAUUGUUUUUCCCUUACUUCUACUUGCAGACGUGGGCUCGAUCUUAUCACAUGUCUGAGACGCUCGCAUUCUACAGCAUUGCGAUCCUCAACGCCGCCUCAAUUUUUGGUAAAAUUCUGCCGAAUAUACUGGGCGACUACACUGGCCAAUUCAACAUAGUCUGUCCGGCUGUAUGGGCAAGCAGCGUGCUCAUCUUCGCCAUGUUCGGCACGACAACGCCAGGACCUCUAAUCGUGUUCUGCAUUCUAUAUGGAUUCUUCAGCGGAUCGUGCUUCUCCAUGCUUCCGACGAUCCUCUCAUUCCUAGCUAGAACCCCGGCUGAGGUGGGGAACCGAAUUGGUUUGGGCUUCACGAUCUAUGCAGUGGCUAUCCUAAUUGGUACUCCAAUCAAUGGAGCGCUAAUUGGAGCGGGCGAUUCGACGUGGUACAAAGCUAUCCUAUUCAGUGGUAUUGUUAUGGUGGCAGGUUCCACAAGCCUGGUUUACGCCCGGCAGCUGCUGGUGAAGGAGAGAGGAUCCCAGCUCAUAUAA